AUCUUCAACUGGACGUUGUAAUUUGGGCUGUUUUUUAUUGAAUUGGGCGGGUUUUACUGUGUGAUUGGGUUUGAUACAGUCUUUCCGAUCUGGUAACCCUGUUUGGGACAAAGGUGCAGGGAAUACAAUGGGCGAUGAUGGCGAUAGAGGAAGAGGGUGUAGCAGAGCCUCAUUGUAUUAUGCAGCCAACAUCAACAAAGUCUACAGCAGUGGAGGAAACACUUGCAGGUUACACCGUACAAGCAAAGGGGGAGGACAGAGGGACAGGAAGGAAAUAAGAGGAGGGAUGGCAAAAAGACAGUAAAUGAGAUUGCAAAAUGGCAAGAUGAGGGGUCAGUAGGAGUUCCACUGUGUGGGAUGACUAAGGUGAGGAGGGAAAAUUUGUUCAUUAGAAGUCGAGUUCAGGGAAGCACUUUAACCAAAGCUUGAGAGCAAGUCAGAGAACAACACUUGUGGAGAUCUUAGUGAAAAUGUUAAAGUGCAACGUAGAGGACAUGUACCGGAGUCAAGCUGGAAAAUGCUGCAAUCGUUGCCCACCAGGUCAGUUGGAGAUCACGGAACAUCUGUCCGACGGGAUCUUCUCAUGUUUUUCGGUGACCCACAUUAUGUUCACCUUUGCCAGGGAGCUUUGUGGCAGCCGACUGCGAUCACAACAACAAGACUUGGUGUGAAGUCUGCAGACAGGGGCUCUACACAGCCACCAAAAAUCACCUCCGUCAGUGCCGUGUGUGCAGGUCGUGUAGUGCCAGUAAGUUACGCUCUCCAGGGUCUCAUUCCAAAGUAAUUUGUAUGAAAAGUGGCAUUUCGAAAGACAGUCAUGCUCCAUUUUGACUGUUUGAGACCUUAAUAUUAGUAUACAAUAUACUGUACAUACAUAUAUAUACAAAUAUGUACAUACUGUAUUAAUGCUCUGAUUUAUACUGUAUAUACAGUACUAUACAGUAUAUUAAAUAUGCAAAUUGUGCUGUCAAAAUUAAAACUACCCAUCUCUAGAGCUAAAUCAAACCAAGCUUCGACCUAACCCUUUCGGGGACUGAUCACUACGGUGGACCGCUAUUCGGAAUAUGACACGUAAGACCUUUAACCCUUAUUAGUAUUAUUAUUAUUUUUUUUAACACUUAAAUCCAUUAACCCUUUAUGGAGCAAGUAAAAACUUUGGGUAAUCUUGAAAAAAAAAAAAAAUUUGGACUCUUUAAUUCUAAGAAAUUGAAUACUUUCUGGGCAAGUGACUAUUUUUGGUCAUUUGAAAAAAAAAAUAAUAUGAGCCAUUCUUGUUAUAAUUUUAAUUAUUAUUCAUUAUUGUGGACACUCCAAAUUGUCUGUAGGUGUGAGCGUGUACGUGCAUGGCUAUUUGUCUCUAUGUGCCAUGCGACUGACUGGUAACCAGCUCAGGGUGUACCUGCCCGUUGUUCACUGGGAUAGGCUCCAACAUCUCCGCGACCCUCUUGAAGAUAAGGUUCAGAAGAUGAAUCAUGAAUCAUUAUUGUAUUUUUUAAUAAAAUAAAUACUUUUAGAAAUUCAUACAAUGUUAAUAAAAACAAAAAUUCUGAAAAAAAAUUACUACAGCCCCAAGUAACUUUGUAAAAUUGACUUUUUUUUCAUAGUUUUUAAAAGAACACUAGGUAAAUUUUUAAACCUUUAUAAAAUAUUUUCAUAACAUUUAUGAUGAUAUGUCGACUGACAACUAGUUGAAUGACACCUCUUUUAUAUCUCGAGGGGCUCUGUAUAGCUUUUACUGGCGCUAAUUAACUUUGAGGAGGAUGGUUCCACACAAAAAAAACUCCAGAUGUGCUGACUGCUUUACAGCAUACGUCAAAUCCCCCCUUUCACUAUUCAUUAUAAAGACGGAAGUCAAUGCUAACGCAACAGAGACAAAAAGUUUUGUGUAAAGAGGAAAAAGUGAGUCUACCAGGAAGUACAGAAGAAACAUUAGCCUGGCUUUAAUGCGCUGGCGUGACAACCCCCCGCUCGCCAACCGAGUGCUGAUGAGUUCGGGUGGGGUGGGGUAGUUGGCCACACUAAGCCUCACAGUUGGUAACUGUCAUAUGAUAUUGUUUAGCCAAAACAGGAUUCAUUACCUUAAUACAUUUCAGCUUUCACACUGCUGCUGGAAACAGAAAUGUUGUUUAAUCCAUCUGCAGGCGACCAUCAUGAUCUUAUGACACUAUGCGGGUGUGCGCUGGUCCUCAUGGGAAACGCAGUCUUCUUUAAGGCAAAACACUGCCGCUUUUGUCCACGGGCGUCGCUAAAAUCGACCAAAACUGAAAAGUUACGAAGAGUUGCUUUUAACUCAUUGCAUGCCAGUCAGGGCGGUAGACGUCCGAUUCAUUUAAACCAGGAAGACUAGUUGUGAAUGCUCAUGUUUCAGUGCUAUCAAUGGCACUUGUCAUCCGGUCCAAUCCAUUUUGACUGGCAGAGUUGGCAGUGAUAAUUCACUGUAACUAAUCAUUUACUAUUAUAAAAGUUGAAAAAUUAAAAGGAUGUCAAAUCUAACCCAAGAUAUUCAGCUUUCCUGUAAUAUGAAUAAUCAGCAAACAGUAAAAAUUGUGACAACCAACUAGACAUGUGCCGAUUACUGGUUUCAAGGUAUACCGCGGAAUGAAAACGUCACGGUUUCAAAACCGUAAAAAUUUUCCGUCAUACCGUCCCUAGGGUAUUUGCUAUUUUUUAUGUCCCAAAAAUACAAGGAGAAAUCCCUCGCUUGCAUUUGCAAGGUCAACUCUCCCCUACUGGUUGUUUCUCCGUGUCAGUGAGUCAGCUGUGCACCACGAUGGCUGGAGUUGGUGAAACUCCUGAACUUUUUCCCCCAAUUGAAGAAAACAAAAUCUCUGGUAUGGGAAUACUUCAGCUACAGAAAAGUUACAGAGGUCCGCGGCUUAAAUGAGGAGGGCCAACCGACAUGUAAAGCAUGUUUGAGGAGGGUGGCUGCCGAGGAGGCAAUACUUCCAAUAUGAUUUGGUAUUUAUACGAAAUUAAAGGUAACAACCAGAUUACGCAGAAAGAAUGCGCUCCCAACAAGGACACCGUGUGCAAGUGUGCAUCAGGCUACUUCUGCAGUGGUGAUACCUGCGACCACUGCAUGCUGGGUACCUCCUGUCCUUUAGGUUCAGGGGUUAAGGUUGAACCGAGCGGGGCAAACGAUACGAUCUGCACUCCGUGUGUAAAUGGAACGUACAGCAACGUUUCUGACUCCUACUCGGCUUGCCAAACACACACCAGAUGUGAGGACUUGGGUCGAGUGUUAAGAACUGCAGGAACCUCCACCAGUGAUGCCAUCUGUGGGGAGUUCAAAUCUGGGUGCCCAUGGAUUUUACCUGCUGGCUUAUGGCUGGGCUUCGUGCUGACCUUACUCAUUGUUUUACUACUGAUGUGCUGGAUGACCAAACGCAAAUCACACAAAAUGAGCAGAUCAAAUGCUGCCAUUCAUGAUGUGAGGAACACACCUGAGGGCCUGCCGGAACCUCCUCCACCGACUCCCAAAAUUUUUGAUCAGGAUCAAAAGAGCGACUUCACACAGGCCUGCCAAUUUACGCUGCUCAACAUGGACAAAUGCGCUGAGAUCUGCAGCAGAGAUCACAACGAGGAUCUACCUCUGGCUCUCAAGACAAACUCCUGGGACCACCACAAUGGGACGGAAGCGUACCACAGGAGCCAUUCUGAGCCGCAGGAGGACGAGUGGUGUGGAACAUGAGUGUCGAGGUCACAAAUGUGUCAAAUUAUCAUUUCAGAAAUACGAGGACCAUUCAUGCCGACAAACACUGUUUGGGCUUACUGCCCCCUUCAGGAUUUUUAGUGAGCGUCGCUGUCAAGUCAUGACCUCUUAAAUACCGAAGUCUUACCACUCUUCCAUUAAAUUAAAAAAAAAAAAAAAACAUCAUAAAUUGGUGGCAAACUCUUGAGUUAAAAUUACAAUCACCAUUUACCUAGAUUCAAACGGGUGCGUUAACUCAGAGUGAAGUCACAACACAGUUACUUAUUUUAACUGCACAUUAACACAUUAUCUGAUUGUGAGGUAAUAUCGAUUAAUAUUUCAAUAAAUGACAGAACUUUUGGAAUAAGUGGUUAACACUGCUUUUGAAUUCAUUAUUUUACAGAAUGCAAGUAAUCGCAAUUAAACUCAGUGAAUUCUCUUAUUUGCGAAUCAAAUCAUUUUUUUAUUUUUAUUUUAUUUUAUUUGUUUCCCCUCAGGCAUGACAAAUCCAACAAGCAUACAGCAUUUAUAUGUGUUUCCAAUUAAUUCAACCUGAAGAGACAAGGGCAGACGGGAGAAGCCGAAGCUUAUUUAAACCCGCCCCCAGUAUACCUUAGGACACAGAAAAUAUCGAAUAAUAAUUUUUGACAUUCAGAUUGCGUAGUGAUUACAAGGUCUUUUUUUUAGUUUUUUGUUUUGGUAUUUAACCAUCCUCCUUGAUUGUUCAUUUUCCCAAUAGUCCAUGUCGAUCGUGUCCAUGUGCUCGUUAUGUUGAUUAGAUCCAGUAGAUUAGUUCAUAAUUCAGCGGGUAGUUUAUUCAGUUGAUUCGAUCCAGGUUUUGGCCGCAUUGUAAGAUCUUGGCCAGGGCACUCAGUGGCCAAUUUACCAGUUCCAUGUCGUGAAGAUUAUCUGUCCUUGUGAUGUCUGGUUGAGUUCUGUUUGCAUUGGAGACCCUCCUUUGUUUUGAGUACACUUGGUUUUGUUUACAAGUUUGAAUUGCCACCCUGACAUUAUUUACCUUUUGUACAAUUUGUAUUAUGACCUAGAAAGAUUAAAAAUAUAUGUUAGAGGCUGAAGAUGUCAUUGUCUCUCAUCACAGUUAUUCAAAUAGAUUGGACGUCCUUGGCCGUCAAUGACAGCCAGCGUGUCAAUAUAGAUUAUUGUUUGGCAGUACAUUGAAAACAAAAGUGUGCCGAUUACCAUUUUUGGAUUCAUUAUUCUCAUGUGAUUAAUCAUGAUUAAAAUUAGUAACCAUUGCCCGGCCAUACUUUUUAAUGCAACAUUGUCAACAUAUGGAUAAAAAAAAUCAUGCUAUAAGAGGGCACAUAUCCAUUUUUAUAAUUUUGUUUAAAGACAACAUUACAACUGAUUUGAAAUAGAACAAGGUAUGAUUCUAGUUUUUUUUUUUUUCUAAUUUUGUUUGUUUUUUUUCUUUUUCCCCCACCAAUUUGAGGGACCACACGACGUCAGAUCUAGUUUGAAUGGAAGGGGCUAGCACUGUUUUAAAAAUGUAUAAUAUUUACCGUAAUUUCCCUAAUAAAAGGCGCACCCGUGUAUAAUGCGCACCCCAAAUUUACUUGAAAAAACAAGGGAAAAUUAUUGUACCGUUUAUAACGCGCACCCUAAUUUUAGCACCAAUAAAUAGAAGAAUACAAGAAAACAGAGCUCGUGUACAGAUACAGAAAUGUCAUUUUACUGACUGGUGAAACACAGCACUAGCAUAGCACAUUGGUAGUUCAAAACAUUACCAUAAACUGACAAUAUUUACGGUAAUAAUAUGAUUUGACAACUUCUCCAACUUACCAGAAUUUAGGAGAAAACAAAACAGAUGUGACUUUUCUUUCAAAGGCUGCUGUAUAACUUGCUUGUUUCAUCAUGAUGAAUAAAUGUUUCUUCCAUGGAUUGAUACGGUAAAAUAAAAGUGGGGACUGAAGUCGGAAAACAGAAAAAGCGCAUCGCUGUGGACUGUAACAAGAGGAACUAUUGUUAUUUGGGUUUGUUUCCCAAGGGACAGAUAUAGUUGACGGACACAGGAACUCAGUGUUGUGUUACGUUUGUUAUGGUCAGAGUUGCCGAUUUGCAAUAAACGUUGACUCAAAUGAGUUCAAGAAACUAAAUUCUGUGCUUUAU